AAAGGUUCCUUUUUCAAAGAUAGGGACAAAAAAGGGAGCUACUUGUAACAGUCCAUUAAAAUUAAAGAUGGUUCCACCGAAUUUUGCUUACCGCAUGGAAUCUGGCGGGAUACUGGACAUUUUAACGGGGAAAAGACAACACAAAUACGUAUUGUCCGCAUGAACAUGACCCAAUUUAUUAUUAGCCACGCCAUCAUUACAUACUAUCACGUGUCUUCACAAACUCUCUUUGUUUCACUAAUUGUUUUCAGUUUCGAAUAUGAAGUGAACCAAUUGGAAUUUUAAAAAAAAUGGCAGUUUGUUAUAAGUUGUGGUGCAUGCAUGAUAGCCAGGCCUUUUAAUUUCAAAUGGCUUAUUCAUUCAAUGUCAGUCUGUUAGCAGUUUCACCGCUUCACUUUCAGACUUGGACUCCCUAUAAAGUAAGCAAGUACUUUUGACAUUUUCCUGGUAUUCUGUAUGUCUUGUAGUAGUAGUAGUAUUCAAUCAGUUUGUUUGUUAGUAAUGGGGAAGAAGAGAGUGAUGUUACCGGCGAGUGAAGUUGACAUGAUGGCUGCCAAGUAUACGUCUCAAAGAAUUCAAGGUCCACAUCUGACUGGAUUUUGGUUGAAGUUAUUUGUAAUGUUGGCUGAAGCACCAAUUAUUGGUUCAAUGAUCAUGCUUCUCUUGAAGAACAAGAACCGAGUAACUGAGAUGUUGAAGAAUACCGUUAUACCGGAGGCUCCCAUGUUUAUACCUGAAUUUCCUCCUCAAGAGUCGGAACCUGGUGUUCUUUGCUUGGAAGAAGAUGGGAGACCUGAAGAACGUGUUGAGUUAGCUUUGCAGUGUCUUCCCGAUUACAAUCCAGGCUGUAUUCAGAUUGUUGAUACAAGUGCACCAUUCCGCUAUUGGAACAUUUGUGAUUAUGCAUAUGCUUACAGAUCUAAGCUUACAACUCCCUCUCAGGCAACAGAGCACUUCAUCUCAGCUAUAGAAGAGUUUAACAACAAGAAUCCACUGGCACCGCUACUGAUUUCUUAUGAUCCUGAUGAAGUCAGAAGGCAAGCUGCUGCUUCCAUGCAAAGAUUUGAAGAAGGAAGUGAAUUAUCAAUCCUGGAUGGUAUCUUCAUGGCAGUUAAGGAUGACAUUGAUUGCUAUCCGUAUCCAUCAACGGGUGGAACAACUUGGUUUCACGAGCUUCGUGAGGUGAAGAAGGAUGCCAUCUGUGUCUCAAGAUUACGAAGUUGUGGUGCAGUUUUGGUUGGAAAGACCACUAUGCAUGAAUUGGCCAUGGGAACAACUGGAAAUAAUGCGAAUUUUGGGACAACCAGGAAUUCACAUGCUCCAGAUAGGUACACAGGCGGUUCUUCCGCAGGCUCUGCAGCUAUUGUAGCUUCUGGAUUGUGUUCUGCUGCACUGGGAACAGAUGGAGGAGGUUCAAUUCGAAUUCCUUCUUCCCUGUGUGGUGUUGUGGGCUUGAAGCCAACAUGUGGAAGGAUUGGCAUGAAAGGGUUGAUAUAUCAUAGUGGAACAGUGGCAAGUCUCGGACCUAUCACAGCAAAUGUUGAGGAUGCCAUACUAGUGUAUGCUGCAAUUUUAGGAUCUUCUCCUGCUGAGAGAGUUUCUCUGAAACCGGCCCUCCCUUGUUUACCAAAUUUAAGUUCAUGUGAGAGCUGGUGCUCUCUGGGAUCAAUGGGCUUGGGGAAGUCUACUGAGUGGUUCAAUGAUGUUUUCUCAACUGAAAUAUCUGAUAAGUGUGAGGAUAUUCUUAAUCAGCUAUCAGAAAAACAUGGGUGCAAAACGAUAGAGAUCGUAAUACCAGAGUUGCCUGAGAUGCGCACUGCACAUAUUGCUUCUCUUGGCACUGAAGCACUAUAUGAGCUGAAUCCUGACCUUGAGGAUGGGAAAUCAGCGAGAUUAACGUAUGACACUCGGAUAAAUCUGGCACUAUUUCGAGCACUUACAGCUUCAGAUUAUAUUGCUGCUCAGUGUCUUAGGCGAAGGUCAAUGUAUUACCACAUGGAGAUUUUCAAGAAGGUGGAUAUCAUUGUGACACCUACUACUCCCAUGACAGCGCCCAUAAUUUCACCAACUGCUCUUACAGUUGGAGAGACCAAUUUGCAUGUUUCAGGAAAUCUUAUGCAGUUCAUGUUAGCAGGAAAUCUUCUGGGCUUUCCUGCAAUUUCUGUGCCUGUUGGCUAUGACAAGCAAGGACUUCCCAUAGGCAUGCAGCUCAUUGGGCGUCCGUGGUGCGAAGCAUCCAUUUUGCGCUUGGCGGCUGCCAUAGAGGAAACUUGUGCUGGCCCCAAGAAGAAGCCCGUGCAGUUUUAUGAUAUUUUGAAAGGGAACCAGAUGUGAAGUUUACGUUCUCAACUAAAACAUUGGUGACAGCUCUCAGAUAUUGGUGAUUUAGGAAUGCACAAAAACUUUAGAAGUAGUUCAUUUUCUGUAAUUGUAUUAAUCCCGAAAUAAAAGUUGUCUUGCAGAAAAAGUCUAGGUCAUGUGGAAAUGAGAUUACUCUUUGAUCUUCGUUCAAUAAAAGUUGUCGAAGUUUGUAAUC